AUGAAAUUAAACAUUUUUAAACAAAUUGACUACAAACCAAAAGAAAUAACCGCAUUAUGUAGUACAGAUACACAUAUUUAUAUAUUUAGAUCUAAUAAGAGCUGUGAAAUUAUCGAUUCAGUUACACUUCAAUCAUUUUCUUAUAUUAAUACUGGUUAUGUUAUUAUAAAAUCAUUGAUUUAUAAAAAUUCAAUUAUUUGUAUUUCUGAGCUUGAUGAACUUCUAUGGAUUAAUAUAAAAAAUUUUAGCAUAGAAACUAAUAAGAUUGGAUACAAAAUUUUAGAUUUUAUUUUGUAUGGUGAUAAAAUAUUAUUAACUACUUUUAACGGAUUUAUAAUAGAACUUAAAGAGAAGGAACUUAAUAUUAAAUACAAAACAUCUGUUUUAUUGUCUUGCAUUGUACAAUAUGAUGAUGUAUUUUUAGUAGGAGCUCAGAAUAAAAUUUUGAUUUUUGACAAUAAUUUUAAAUUAAAAAACGAGAUAGAAAUACAAGAAGGGUUAAUCAAAAAAAUUACCUAUUUUAAAGAUAAAAAGUUUGGAUUAGUUACAGAUACUGGAUAUUUUAUAUUUUUAGAUAUCAGUUUACUUAAUAUUAUACAAAAAAUUCAGAUUAGGAAUUCUUCUCUGAAUGUUCUUUUAUAUAAUUCUGAUACUUUUUAUACUUCUGGUGAGGAUAGUAGACUGAUUUGUUACAAGUUAAUUAAUAAUAUAUUUGUAAAAGGAUAUCAAAUAGAUUUACAUUAUGGAAUAAGUAAUUGUAUUCUUUUAGAUCAUAAAAGAAUAUUUGUUGGGAAUUCUGAUGGAAUGUUAAGUAUAUUAAUUCCUUGUAAAGAUAAAUUUACAUAUACAAAGAUAUAUGAUAGAAGUGUAUGUGCCUCAACUUCUAAAGAUCUACUUUUAGUGAAUAAUAGAACACAUCUAGAUUUAUUUAAUUUAAAAGAAGAGAAUGUAAAACUAAAAAAUAAAUCUAACAAAAAUGAAAAAAAUCAGUUAUCUAAUUUAUGUACAUUUAAAUUAUUAAAAAAUAUUAAGGAAGAUUUUUCCGUGAAAAAUGUUCCUUUUAGUAAUUUACUUAGAAUUUAUAGUGAUUUUAUAUCAUUUAGUAUUAUUUGUGAUUCUAAUAUUAUUUACAGUGACAGUAAAGGAACUAAUUUAAUUGAAUUAGAGAAAUCAAAUGUAAAUAAAAUAAAUUUACCAGAUUUAGAAAAUUUUAGAAGUGUAAAUAUUAGAACGGAUAAUAAUGUUAUUUUAUUAAAAGAUUUUACAGGAAGUUAUAAGUUUAUAUCUAAAGAUAAUUAUAUGAAUGUUAAUUAUGAGAUAAAAAAUGAAGAACAUAAUAAUGAAUUAUUAAUUAGUAAAGAUGGUCCUUAUAAACUAGUACAAGUAAAAUCAUAUGAUAUUAAUAAAUCAUAUAUUUUUUAUAUUAAUGAUAAAAUUAAGAAAAAGGUUACUACUUUAGAUAUAAUAAUUGAUAUUUUUACUUUUCAAAAUGAACUAUGGUAUUUUACACAAACAUAUAUUUAUAAUAUUGAUAGAAAUAAAAAAUUUGAAUUUGAUGCGGUAAUUUAUGAUGUUAAAGUAGUAAAUGACAGGAUUGUUGUUGUUAAAGAUGACUGGAAAUACAUACAAAAAUAUAUAAAACAAGGAAUAUUUAAAAAGAAAUAUUCUACUAAAUAA